UGGUGACCAACGUCACCUCCCUCCUGAAGACGGUGAAGGCCGUGGAGGACGAGGCCACCCGUGGGACAAGGGCCCUGGAGGCCACCAUAGAGUACAUCAAGCAGGAGCUCACGGUGUUCCAGUCCAAGGAUGUUCCCGAGAAGUCCUGCUCCCCGGAAGAAUCCAUUCGGAUGACAAAAGGCAUCACCAUGGCAACGGCCAAAGCCGUGGCAGCCGGGAACUCCUGCCGGCAGGAGGAUGUGAUCGCCACGGCCAACCUCAGCCGCAAAGCCGUGGCCGACAUGCUGGCCGCCUGCAAGCAAGCCUCCUACCACCCGGAUGUCAGCGGAGACGUGCGGAUGAGAGCCCUGCAUUAUGGCACGGAGUGCACCUUGGCGUACCUGCAGCUCCUGGAACACGUCCUGAUGAUCCUGCAGAAGCCCAGCGCCGAGCUGAAGCACCUGCUGGCUGCCUUGUCCAAGGGGGUUGCGGCGGCUGUGACGGAGCUCAUACAAUCUGCCGAAGCCAUGAAAGGUACCGAAUGGGUCAACCCCGAAGACCCCACCGUGAUUGCCGAGACGGAAUUACUUGGAGCCGCUGCGUCCAUCGAAGCCGCCGCCAAGAAGCUGGAGCAGCUGAAGCCCAGGGCCAAGCCCAAGCAGGCGGACGAGACCCUCGACUUCGAAGAACAGAUUCUGGAAGCAGCCAAGUCCAUCGCCGCGGCCACCAGCGCCCUGGUCAAGUCGGCCUCUGCUGCCCAGCGGGAGCUGGUCGCCCAAGGCAAGGUGGGGGCCAUUCCUGCCAACGCCGCCGAUGAUGGUCAGUGGUCUCAGGGGCUGGUUUCUGCGGCCCGGAUGGUGGCAGCCGCCACCAGCAACCUCUGCGAGGCGGCCAACGCCUCGGUCCAAGGCCACGCCAGCGAGGAGAAGCUCAUCUCCUCGGCCAAGCAAGUGGCCGCUUCCACAGCUCAGCUGCUGGUGGCUUGCAAAGUGAAGGCGGACCAGGACUCCGAGGCCAUGAGGAGGCUGCAGGUGGCAGGCAAUGCCGUGAAACGGGCGUCGGACAACCUGGUCAGGGCGGCCCAGAAGGCGGCCUUUGGGAAGGCGGAUGACGACGAUGUGGUGGUGAAGACCAAGUUUGUGGGGGGCAUUGCUCAGAUCAUCGCAGCCCAGGAGGAGAUGCUGAAGAAGGAGCGGGAACUGGAGGAGGCCCGGAAGAAGCUGGCCCAGAUCCGCCAGCAGCAGUACAAGUUCCUCCCGAGCGAACUGCGGGAAGAGGAAGGCUAAACGCCUGCCGGGUCUCGCUGGGAAGACCGUGAGCCAA